ACCGUUCACAUUGCACCACUAACGUUACAGUUCCGUUUCCACCUCGCGUCCACAUUUCAGCUAGAAAGACGGCGGGAAGUUAUUUGGACCAAUUUUACCAAAACUCUGCUGCAACGAUCUGACGGACGAUACUGAUAACGACGGAAACUUCACUACCGUGUAUUGAUGGAGCUGUAAUCGGAAAUAGGUUAACUGUAGUUUAAAUUCAGCGGCGUGGACAACAGCUAACAUGGCUAACGUCGGAAACCAGCAACCAACACAGGCCGUUAGCAAGUCUGCACCUGGAAAACACGGAAAUGUAUUGCCCCUGUGGGGUAACGAAAAGACUAUGAACCUCAAUCCAAUGAUACUCACAAAUGUACUGUCGUCGCCGUAUUUCAAAGUUCAGCUGUAUGAACUUAAGACCUAUCACGAAGUGGUCGACGAAAUCUACUUCAAGGUGACUCACGCUGAGCCUUGGGAAAAGGGAAGCAGAAAGACUGCAGGCCAGACUGGAAUGUGCGGAGGGGUGCGCGGAGUUGGAACUGGUGGUAUUGUGUCUACUGCUUUCUGUCUUCUAUACAAACUGUUUACACUCAAGCUGACCCGAAAACAGCUGAUGGGUCUGAUCACUCAUACAGACUCUCCAUAUAUCAGAGCUCUCGGCUUCAUGUACAUAAGGUACACUCAACCCCCGGCAGAUUUGAUAGACUGGUACGAUGGUUUCCUGGAUGAUGAGGAGGAGCUGGAUGUGAAGGCCGGAGGUGGCUGUGUGAUGACAGUCGGGGAGAUGCUGCGCUCUUUCUUGACCAAACUGGAGUGGUUCUCCACUUUGUUCCCCCGUAUCCCCGUGCCUGUGCAGAAAGCUAUAGACCAGCAGAUGAAGGCCAGGCCUCGUAAGGUGGCGCAAAAGGAGCCGCAGGAGGAAGAAGAAGAAGCCGCUAGCGCAGAGCCGGGGAGGCAAGGAGAACGACGCCGCUCCAGGACACCCAGGCGGACCCCAAGCCCCAAAAGGUCACCCAAACGAUCAAGGAGCAGGAGCCACCACCGUGAGAGAGAACGCCAUGGGCCCAGUUUUGACCGAGAGCUGGAGAGGGAGCGGGACCGCCAGAGGAAGGAGAGGGAUGGCAGGGACCGGGAUAGGGACAGAGGGGAAAGAGGGGACAGGGAGAGGCGACGUUCCCGCAGUGCUGACAGGAACCAUGAGCGACGAGAGCGCAAAAAAAGUCGCAGUGGCAGCCGGGAGCGGAAAAGUGAACGUAAAGACAAAGACAGAGACGGCGGUGAGGACAAGAGCAGGAGGAAGGACAGGGAGCACCACAAAGAUAGAGGCGUUGAGAGGGAGAGGUCCCGGGAUAAGAAGAGCAGGGGAGAGACUGAUGACAAGAGGCAUAAAGACGACAGGGACAGACACAGAGACGAGAGGAAGGCCAAAAAGUCGAAGAGUCGAAGCAAGGAGAGGAAGCACAAGAGUAGUGGAGAGGAGAAGAGCAGGAAAAAAGAGCGCAGCCACGACAAAGACAGGGAGAGAGAGGGAGAACAGCGUCCUCACAAACGUAGUCAUAGCAAAGAGAGAAGCCAUCAUCAGCGAGAGUCCAACAACGACCAUAGUAAACAUAGCGAACGCAGAAGGAGUCAUAGCACUGAGUAAAUGUCACCUCACAGCAAUAUUCUCCUACUCCUCUGUUUUCUCCUCCUUUUUCUACCCAGUUGUCUAGUCCAGUCCCUUGUGCUGAAGAGAAGAAAUGUCAGCUCUCCAGACAUCCUGAAUCGUUGUCUUUGGCCAAUGUAAUUUUGCUUUAUGUUUCUCUGCCUUUUGUCCCCCAAUAGACCAUUGUUAGUCUUCACUUUAUAUUUCAAAGUGGGGAAAAAAAUCACAUUUUAAUUUUCUGUGGUUAUUUUACCCCACAAAGAUGUGGGUUUGUACAUAAUGUUUCAGAAGCUGUCUACACAUGAUACGUCGCCAGAUUUGCAUUUCUUGCCAUGUUGGUCCACAAAUGACUCUAUUGUCAUAAUUGUAAUGUAAUUUAUGAAGAAUACCGGUUAUUUUUGGUUGGUACAGAAGCCCCAACAUUUACUUUCUUCAUAUUUAAGCGUCUUAGUCAUCUCUUGCUGGUUAAGCAUGCCUUGAAUGUUGAAAAAAGAGCAGUCAAAGUUAUAAUAGAGACAUGGAUUGACAUUGUCUUCUUGGCAUAAAGGAAUCCUGUCCAUCGUGUGUAGACAACAUGAGAAUGUUUUAAUCCUCUAAAGGGCAGUCUGCAAAGGGUAAUUUUUUUUUACCACACACAGCCCUGCUUGUGCUGUGUUUGGGUUAUUGCUCUGUUGCAUUUUGUUUUCUAAUAAAACACUUUUACAAACAAAA